UGAAGUAUUUGGCCAUGGCUGUCUACCUGCUUCUGGUUUUUCUCCUUUCCUUUAGCAGCUCCCUCCAAAGGCCUGGGAGUGGGAUAUUUUCACUCUACAACGAGGACAGCAAGCUUUGUGCUCAGGCUCAGAACUCCACCUCGGUCAUCACCACCGCUUGUGACGAGCAGAAUGAGUUUCAGAAGUUCAGAUGGGUCUCUGCCGUGCAGCUGCUGAGCGUGGCCCUCAAGCUGUGCCUGGGGGUGCUCAGCAAGGAGGAGGAGGCCCCCAUCACCUUGGAAUUCUGUAACAGAACCAACAGGCUGCAGUGGUGGGAGUGCAGGAACGAGAUGCUGGCGACCCACGGCAAGGAUUUGUUUUUCAACUAUGGCAAAGGAAAGGGGAAGAAAAUCAGACUGGCCAAAGGAGCAGGCAGAGGGAGCAGGUGGAGGAUCCAGGGCACUGCAGAGAGCCUCUGCACGCAGCACUACGAGGAUAUCUACACGCUGGGGGGAAAUGCCUUCGGUGCACCUUGUGUGUUCCCUUUCAAGUUCUACGGCAAAUGGUAUGCGGAGUGCAUCCCUCGGGCUGGUGAUGCAGGCUCCCUCUGGUGUGCAGCCUCCCCAGAUUUUGACAAAGACCAGGUCUAUGGAAGUUGCCCCCUGAAAGACGUGAUCCACCCCAAGCUCUGGAAGACAAACCCUGUGACACAAAGCCACUACCAGAUCAACGCGGGGGCGCUGCUGACCUGGCACCAAGCAAGGAGGAGCUGCCAGCAGCAGAACGCAGAGCUGCUGAGUGUCACAGACCCUCGGGAGGAGAUGUAUUUGCUAGGGCUCACCAGUGACCUAGGUGUCAAUGCCAACCUCUGGACUGGCCUGUUCAAUGCACUCGACAGUGGCUGGCGCUGGGCUGGGGGCAGCCCCUUCAGGUACCUGAACUGGGCUCCAGGAAGCCCCUCAGAGGAGUCUGCAAAGGUCUGUGGGACCUUCCAAGGCAGGAAUGGCAAAUGGGAGAACCAGGUCUGUAACCGGAGACUGGGAUACAUCUGCCAAAAGAGAAACUCCUCCUUGGAUCCCUCCACCAUUGCCUCAGGUGACUUAAAGCCUGUUAAGUGCCCCAGGGGAUGGGUGGCCUAUGCAGGUCAUUGCUAUAGACUUUACAGAACACCCAAGAUAUGGAAAGAAGCACAAUCUGCCUGCAGGAGGGAAGCUGGAGAGCUGGCCAGUAUCCACAGCGUGGAGGAGCAGAGCUUCACAGUGUCCCAGCUGGGCUACAAGCCUGAUGAUAAGCUGUGGAUUGGUCUCAAUGACUUCAGGGUUCCCAUGUAUUUUGAAUGGAGUGAUGGGACACCUGUCACUUACACCAAGUGGCAUCACAGAGAGCCAGCCCACACUCAGGACAAGGCAGACUGCAUCCUCAUGAAGGGAGAGGAUGGCUCCUGGGCUGACAGCCCUUGUGACCUGAAACUGGGCUACCUCUGUAAAAGGAAACCUUUGGCAGAAGAAUCAGGGGCAGGUGAAGUUACUUACCCAGGCUGCCAGAAAGGCUGGAUGAAGCAUGGCUUUUACUGCUACUCCGUGGGGCAGCUGCCAGCAACCUUCUCAGAAGCAAAAAAAAUCUGUGAAGAAAACAAAGGCUACCUGGCUACUGUGACAGACAGAUAUGAACAAGCUUUUUUGACUUCUGUGAUUGGAUUCAACCCAGCAAAGUAUUUCUGGAUUGGUCUCUCAGACGUAGAGGAGCAGGGGACGUUCAGGUGGGCCAGUGGGGAUGCAGUCACCUUCACUCACUGGAACAUAGGGAUGCCAGGGAGGGAGCCUGGCUGCGUGGCCAUGGUCACAGGAACCUCAGCUGGCCUUUGGGAUAUCUUGGAGUGUGAAGAAACAAACAUGUUCAUCUGCAAGCAGCUGGUGGAGGGAGUGACACCCCCACCUCCUCCAACACUGCCUCCUCUCCCUUCGUGCCCACAGGGAUGGCAAUCCACACCCACCAGCAGCUACUGCUUCAAGAUCUUUCGGGGAGAGAGGGAGAAAAUGCAGACAUGGUUUGGUGCAAGAGAUUUUUGCAGGGCCAUUGGAGGAGACCUGGCAUGCAUCCACAGUGAAGAAGAGCAAAACCUCAUAGCUAACUUAGACAGAGAUUUUCACCACGUCUCUUACUGGAUGGGUUUGAGUGCCUUGGACUCCAGCGGUGGAUUCGUGUGGAGUGAUGGCUCACCAGUGAACUUUGAGAAGUGGUCGAGUGGAGAGCCCAACAACUACGAUGGGAAUGAGAAAUGUGGGGUGUUCUAUGGCUAUGACAACAUGAAAUGGAAUGAUCUGUUCUGUGAGCACAUGGAGGACUAUGUCUGCCAGAUCAAAAAAGGAGCGCCGCUGAAACCGGAGCCCAAUUCCACCUUCAGUGAGGACUAUGUUGUUAGUGAGGAUGACUGGAUCAUACACAACCACAAGGAAUACUACUUCAGCAAGGAAUCGAUGCCCAUGGAAAAAGCCAGGGACUUCUGCAGGAAGCAUGGUGGUGACCUUGCUGUCAUCCAGAGUGAAAGUGAAAGGACCUUCCUUUGGAAAUAUAUUUUCUACAAAGACUGGGGAAACAACUUUUAUAUUGGCUUAAGUGUGAGCCUCGACAAGACAUUCCGGUGGAUGGAUGGAACUCCAGUGAACUAUGUGGCUUGGGCUCCAAAUGAACCCAACUUUGCAAAUAAUGAUGAGAACUGUGUGGUGAUGUACACCCAGACAGGCAGAUGGAAUGACCUCAACUGUGGCAGCGUUGAGUUAUUCAUCUGUGAAAGGCUCAACUAUACUGUCCGGCCAACUGUUGCUCCCACUUCACCACCACCACCGGGGGGGUGCCCAGAAGACUGGCUCCUCUUUGAUAACAAGUGCUUCAAGGGCUUUGGGCUGGGUGAGAACGACACGCUGACGUGGCACGCCGCCAGGAACUCCUGCAUUGCCCUGGGAGGAAACCUGGCUACCAUCUCCACAAAGGAAACACAAGCCUCCCUGAUGGCUCUGCUCAAAAACACUGCCACGGACGCCUGGGUGGGGCUGAACGACAUCAACCAUGAGCACACCUACCUGUGGACAGACGGCAGCCCUGUGUACUACACCAACUGGGCCAAGGACUCCCGCAGCUACUACAGCAAGGAUGACUGUGUGUAUCUGAUGAAGAACCCUGUUGAACAGGCAGGAAAGUGGAAAGAUGAAGAGUGCAAAACAAGCAAGAGCUACAUAUGCCAGAAAAACUCAGACCCCAAGCUGCCAAACUCCCAAGCCGUGGUGCCGCUGUUUGGCUUCAACAGUUACGGUGCUGAUCGCUACGCAGUCAUCAAUUACAAAAUGAGCUGGGGGGAGGCAGAGAGGAACUGCAGAGACCAAUUUGCAGAGCUGGCCAGCAUUCUGGAUCCUUACGCCGAGUCUUACCUCUGGCUGCAAACGCUCAAGCAUGGAGAGCCUGUGUGGAUUGGUCUGAACAGCAACACGACUCAUGGUCAUUAUGCGUGGUCAGACAGAAGGAGGAGCAGGUAUUACAACUGGGCCAGUGGAGAGCCAAACAAGAACAGAGCCUGUGUCUACCUGGAUUUGGAUGGGUUUUGGAAAACAGCCCCUUGCAAUGAGACAUUUCUAUCUCUCUGUAAGCAGUCUGAUGAGCUAAUCCCUACCGACCCACCACAGCUGCUUGGCAAGUGUCCUGAGCCGAAGCGCGGCAGAUCCUGGGUUCCCUUCCGUGGGCACUGCUACUACGUACACACCACCUCAGAGGAAAGCUGGCCUGAUGCCUCCAUGGCCUGCAUUCAGAUGGGUGCUUCUCUGGUCUCCAUAGAAGAUUCUGCUGAAAUGAACUUUCUCCUCAUACAUUUGUCUCCACUUGCAAAUGACUUCAGAAAAUUCUGGAUAGGACUGUUCCAAAACAUUGAUGGAGAAUGGAUAUGGACAGACAGAAGUCAGCUGGAAUUUGUCAACUGGGAGAAAGGAGAGCCCACAAUAAUCUUUGAUGAGCAUUGUGUUGACAUGGAUGUCUCAAGUGGAACCUGGAGGAAUUAUUACUGCUCUGUUGACCAGAAUUUUAUUUGCAAAAUCCCCAAGAUAAUCGAAGAGGAGCCAACCCACGAGUCCCAUGUCAAUAAAGCAUCAAAGCAGGAAGCUGCUGCCUCCUCUGCGAACAGCCUGGGUGGGAUGGUUGUGAUCCUGCUCUUCCUGCUGCUGACAGGCACUGGCCUGACCUUCUAUUUCUUCUAUAGAAGGAGGCGUGACCGGCAGAUGCUGGGUGGCUUUGACAAUGCCAUCUACCGCGGUGGGGCCGACCUGGGCACUCAGGAAUCCAAUUGUCUGGUGACCAACAUCGAGGAGAACGAGCAGGCAACAGUUUAGUAGGCAGGGUAAGCCUGAGCCUGGCUACAGAAAGAGUUAGAGCAGUGGAAUGCAAGAACUCUUCUGCCACAGCAGUUUUCUCCUCUGGACACUGAGGUUGGCUUUGCACAGGAUGCUUCUUGCUUUCUGUACUAGCAGCAACAAACAAUCUUGCAAGGCAGAGCCAGAGCUCUGCUCACAGACUGGGAGGAGAGCUGGAGCUACACUGUGCAAGGGAACAGCCAGGGAGUUCCAGCCUCUGUAUAGUCCAGCAUCACUGGACCAUUUUAGGCACAAGAGGAACCAUGCUCACUGCAGGCAGCUAUGGGAAUGUGCUACUUGGCAUGCUCCAAAAAGCAUAGCCAGAUCUGUACAUAUCCUGAAGCUUCUGCCUUGAUCUCCAGCACAGACUGGCAGAAUUGCACAGCUUGGGUGGCACCUCCAAGCUCCCCUGGCACAGGCCUCUUGUUGAAGCAGGACCAGCUCCCUGGCACAGCUGGGCAGCCUGUUUCACUGCUGUGGGUCCACAUCUUCCUGUUCCUACUGAGGUGCCCACAGAAACUCUUCCAGCUGCUUGUAGUUCUGAAUUAACACAUUUUCCUCCUCUGAUGAAAAGGGAAGUGUAAACUGAUCAUCCUCUGUGUCAUUCUCUCAUGCAAGCACUGAGGGCUGAGCUGCAGGACGAGUGUGGAAUGGAUUGUGACCAGAAAUGCUUUUUUGCUUCAGUAAUGCAGUAGGAAUCUCAAAGGGGCUAAACCUAAUCCAGAUUUGAACAGAGUACACACAACUGUUACUGAAGUCCCCAGCACUGCUGAAGAGUUCAGAGAAUCACAGAAUGACCCAGAUUGGAAGGGGUGUCCAUAGCUCAUCCAGCCCAACCCUCUGCACUCAGCAGGGACAUCCUCCACUAGAGCAGCUUGCCCACAGCCCUGGCCAGCCUCACCUGCAAUAGCUCCAGCCAUGGGGCCUCAGCCACCUCCCUGGGCAACCUGUUGCAGGGUUCCAGCAGCCUCCUGCUGCAGAACUUGUUCCUCACAUCCAAUCUCCAUCUGCUCUGCUCUGCUUUGCAGCCAUUGCCCUCAUCCUGUCCCUGCAGCCCUUUGCAAACAGUCUCUCUGUAGCCUGCCUGUAGCCCUUUCAGCUACUGGCAGGUGAUGAUUUCCUACCUUCUUUUUUUCCCCCAAGGCUUGAUGAGACUUCCCCUUAGGAAGCCUUCACUGAUUUCUAUCCAAAUCCUCCCUGUCCAAGUCUGGUUUAAUUCUUUGAUUAACAUCCCAGCCUUUCAUCCUCACAGACCUGAGAGCAUUGGAUGUCAGACUGGUCUACUGGGAUAUUCUCUAGGUCCACAACACCUAAAAAAUAUAAGGUGGGCUCACAGAGAGGUGGGUUUGGGUUUUUUUUUGCUUUUCCAGUACAUUUUAUGCCAAACACAAUCAAUUAAGAGACUCAGAGCUCUCAGUCCAGAAAAGUUCCCUUAUUUAAUUUGAUAUUUCUGAUCCUGGACAGAUUUUAAUGGUGUUUAAGUUAAAAUAUUUUGCUCAUGUAUGAAAGAUGUGUAAAUAACUUUUAUUCUCUGUUGGUUCACUCAAAUGGGCAUUAAAAGUAAUGGUUCUAAGGAAAA